AUGCUCCUCGCCGUCCUGCAAGCAAAUCCGCCCAGUCGCGACGAAGCUCCAGGCGCAUGCGCCGCCGAGAAAAGCGCGACAGAUCCUCGCCGUGAAGGCACCAGGAAUCGAGACGAGGUUCAAACGCUCGCGCCGGUCGUCCCGUCCUCGGGACCGCAGGAGACUUCAAGCACACGCUGGCGACACGUCGCGUCGCGCUUGCUGUCUGUGCUGCAUGCGCACGUGGCGGGAGCUCGGCGUCUGCAUGCAAACGCGCAAGCAUUGACACCGGUGUGCGAGGCUCCUCUCGCUCUCUCGCCCGCUCUUCCACCCCCGUUUGGUUGCGGCCGGUCUUCCUCUGUGUUUGCGUCUUCGCUGCUGCGCGCCUCAGUCCUUCGCUUCGGCUUCUCGCCGCUCUUGCUCGGCGCAGGCUCUCUCGCGGGGAUCCUCCUGUCUCUGGUGGGCGUCUUGGGCGAUUUGACGGCGAGUCUCGUGAAACGCGACGCCGGAGUGAAAGACAGCGGAACGCUGCUGCCGGGUCACGGCGGAUGGCUGGACCGCACAGACUCCUACUUGCUGGCAGCCCCGCUCGCGUACGUGAUCAGUCUUCUCACCCAAGAAUUUUGCGCAUCUGUCUUGAAGCGAAACGCGCUCCUAAGAGAUGAUACCAAACCCGAGGGCGAGGUUGAAGGCUUAGCGACGUCGACGUAG